GAGACUUUUGCUUUACCCCAAAGGAUUCAGAUAAGACAAGUAUUUAUCAGUAAGCUGAGAAGCCAUUGUCACAAGAACCUCAAAAGCAUCAUCAAUGGAGCGAACAAUGGGAGUCUUUUUCCAUGAUGAUGAUGAAGAUCCAUCGAAUCCCUCCAAGAGAUGCAGGUGCCUCAUUUCCUCUGCCCUCAGAGAAGCCUUCUCCCAUUGCCGGACCUUCAAUCGACGGCUCGCGCUCCCUAGCCCCGAAGAGGACGAUUACCCCAUGAGCGACUUAGACGAUGAAGAGGAAGUGGUUGUUUCGGAGAUCCGAACUCGAGCCAUGGAGAAGUUGAGGAAGAAACCUAACUUCACCACAGAUACCUUCUCCUGCGUAUUCUCUCCUUCCACAGGAGAAGAAGAAUUCUCCCAGAAGGAGGGUGUCGACGGAGAGGAACAAGAGAAGGAAGAAUUCACAUCGGUGAGGAGUUGCUUCACCUGCUGCUCCAACGACACCAGCAAGGAGGCGUUCAUCUCGGUCAAGACCAACUUCUCUCGCUGCUCGAGCUUCAAUGAGCUCGAGUUUCUAGACCUGCGCAGGCGCUCGAUCAUUCAAGAGUUCUGCCACUGUGAGGGCUGGCCAUUUGGGCUGUGUCGGAAGCUCCUCCUGCUUCCUCCCCUGCCGAAAUCCCCAUCGGAAUCUUGGUCUUGGCGUAGAGGCAAAAAGACGAAGAGGAUCUCUCCCUAUGUUUAGAAGUUCUAGCAGUUUCAACGUGUUCUUUGCUUCGUCUUUGGUGAAGGAAUAAAGGGUCAAGGCUACUAGGCUAGUAGUAGAAGAUCCUCUUCAAGGAAAUAUCAAAACGAUCAGAAUGUUCUUUUUUUUUU